CUGCAGGAUCAGCCGGCUGUGGGUUAAAAUGGGAGCCCAGAGAGGGGCUGAAGCUCUGCCAGCCUCCUGGGACUGAACUCUUAUCUGCCAGGGCUGUCUAGAGCCUUAUUUUAUUAGGCCUGACUUGACAAGCAAGCACAUGAGACACUUGACAAAGGCUCCUGGGUUACUCAGUAACCUUGCCCUCUUUAAAAGCCUCACUGUUUCCCCCUGGCAUCCAGAACCAGCCACUUCUCUCUCUCGGGCACUGCUGCCAUGAACACCUUCCUGCUCUCUGCACUGUGCCUCCUCUGGGUGCAGGCCGCCCUGGCAGGUGGAGUCACGGUGCAGGAUGGAGAGUUCUCCUUUUCUCUGGAGUCAGUGAAGAAGCUCAAGGACCUCCGGGAGCUCCAGGCGCCCAGCACUAGGAACCGCAGAGAGGUUGAUGGAUCCCUGGCUCCCAUCCUCUGUAGGUACCCGAAGUUUCCGGAAGAACUCAAGCCUAUCUGCAAAGAGCGCAACGCCCGGGAGAUCCUCCAGAGGCUGGAGACCAUCGCCCAGGACCCACGCAUGUGUGAGAUCUGUGCCUUCGCUGCCUGUGCCGGAUGCUAGAACGGCUGGUGCUCGCUGCCUUCUGCCCCUCCCCUGCAGGAUGCUCCCACUGCCCGCAGCGCAAGCUGCCAUGCCCCUCAAAGGAGGAGGGUGGAGUGAGGAGAGAGCAGCCUGCGGAGGCCCAGCCCCUGGCCCCAUCGGAGCUGCUGGGUGCUUCCCAAGACCCGCUCCAACCGUCAGCUAAUAAACCAGAUUCCAGAGUG